CGUACAGUGUUGGUAAAUGUCUUAAGGUUCUUAUUGCAAGCACUAUGCACUUCAAAUAAAACGGAAUAUAUAUGCAUUUGUGUACCUAAAAACUGACGCUUGAUCAGAAGCAUAUCCGAAUGGCUCCCAUUGAAGUGGUUGUGGAUCCAUCAGAGGAUCAGCCGAAGAUCUCCACCUUCGCCGUUCUGGACCUAGAGACGACCAAUCUGCCUGCCUACAAUCAUAAUCGGGUUGGCAUUACGGAGCUGUGCAUUUACGCCUUUGAAGCCGCUCUCCUUAAGAAAAAAGAAGUGGCCCAGGAUGUGGAGGAGAAGCGGAAGCAGGAGGUGCCAGCUCCUCCGCGCGUGCUGCACAAGCUGAAUCUGCUCUUCCAGCCGUCCAUGAUGGUGCAUCCGGAGGCAGAGAGGGUUACAGGUCUGAGCAACUACCUGCUGGAGCGGGAGUCCAAGCUGGACGAGGAUGCCGCGCAACUCAUCAUCAGCUUUCUGAAGCACUUGCCAGCUCCAGUUUGCCUGGUGGCUCACAAUGGCUGGGGUUUCGAUUUCCCCAUUUUAAGGCAGGUCUUCGAUAAACUCAAUAUGGAGCUCCCCAAGUCCAUAACUUGUGUUGACUCACUACGUGCCUUCAUGGAGAUUGACGACAAGCACAAAACAGAAGCAAGUCUCUUGGAAAUCCCGCAGGAAACCCUUUUGGAAAGAAGAGCCAUUUCAGAUCUUGAAACGGAGGUCACUCCGGAUCUUGAAACGGAGGACACUCCGGAUCUUGAAACGGAAGCUAUUCCAGAAGUUGUGUCCAUUAAAGAGGACGAAACUACCUUCAAGGAGCCAGAACCGGCAAAGGAGAUCGAUUGGCGAGCCAGAAAUGAAACGACUCCAAAGCGUCCCAUUUUGACGCCCAAGGAAUCUUCUGUCAAGCGCAGGCUACUACGCGAUGGCGAUGAGGAUGAUCCGGAGCAGGAGAACCCUGCUAGGCGGAAGGCGCAAGAGUUCCGCUCUAGACGCCAGCUGUUCAGCGGUUUAAUGUGUGCCGAGAAUAAGCGCUUUCCGCCCCGCGGAGUUUACAAUCUGGGAAAUCUGUACACCACCAAGUUCCAACGAACAGCCAGCAAUGCCCACCAGGCAGAGGCUGAUGUCGCCAUGCUCACGAAGCUUAUGCAGCACUACGGCAUGGAUUUCCUCGCCUUUGCCGAGGAGCAGGCCAUUCCAUUCCAUGAAGUAGCUCCUCUUGGAUCUCCUGUCUGUAGGAGAAAGCGUGCAAUAUAACCAAUAUCAUAAGUAUUUCUGCAUGACCUUAAUUUUACUAUGUGAUGCAUUUUAUAUUUUUUAUAUAAUCCAUAUUUUUAAUGAUUCAAAAUGUGACAUUUUAGUAAAAUUAUAUUUUUAAAUCC